AUGAUAUUCUUGUUUGAAACUCGUCUUAACAGUGCUCGAAUGGAGUUUAUCCGCAUUCAACUGGGUUUUGUGGGGUGUUUCACGGUGGAUGCUAAAGGUAAAAGCGGUGGUUUAGCUCUCCUUUGGUCGAAUGAUUACUCGGUUCAGAUAAAGUCUUUUACAGCCUCUCAUAUCGACGCUCUUGUGGAAAAUGACUUGGGGUUCACUUGGCGGUUUACGGGUUUCUAUGGUAGUCCGGAUCCGGGUGGAAGAAUGGAAUGUUGGAAGCUCUUGAAAAGGUUAAAGCCAAUGUUUCAAGGUCCUUGGGUUUGUGGAGGUGAUUUCAAUGAGAUAGUUGAUAAAAAAGAAAAAAAAGGAGGAGGCCCGAAACCAGUAUAUCUAAUGAGGAAUUUUCGCAACACCAUUUCGGACUGUCAUCUAAGGGAAUUAGUGGCUGAAGGAGGAGGAUUUACUUGGUGCAAUGGUAGAGCGGCAAAUCUGGUGUAUGAAAAACUCGAUAGGAUUCUAUGUAAUUCGGAUUGGAAAGACAAAUUCAAAAUGAAUAAAGUCUCCCUUCUAAAUUGGUGGAAUUCGGAUCAUCGGCCACUCUUACUUCAAGCUCAUCAAGUUGGCAAUGGGCAGUCCUUCAACAAGAGAUGGGGAUCGCGCUUUCAUUUUGAACAAGCUUGGGCGGACAAUGAAGAUUGCAAAAGAAUCAUAACUGAAACUUGGGAGGAUAAACAACAUGGGGAUUCAAUUUAUGUACUGUCUCGGCUGCUGCAUACUUGUGGAUCAAAACUAAAGGCUUGGAAUGCUAAACAAAAGAAGGAGAUGUUAGCCAGAACUAAAGAUCUCAAAGGAAAAUUAGAGAGCCUUGCAAACUCAACACGGGAAGAAGACUGGAUUACUACUCAAAAAUUGGAGCACGAUCUUAAUUGUGUCGAGGAGAAAAAAGAGAUUUAUUGGAAGAAACGUAGCCGGGCUCUUUGGCUGAAACAUGGGGAUAAAAAUACAAAGUAUUUUCACUUUAAAGCCUCCCAAAGACGCAAGAAAAACACAAUCAUGGGGCUGUUUGAUGAUUCUCUCAAUUGGAAAACAAAGGAGACAGAGAUCGAACAUAUAGCCAUUAAUUAUUUCAAAAAGCUCUUCACCAAAGCAAACCGAGGCAUGGAUCUCCAUGAAACUCUCCAUAAUUGUGUCCCUCAUCGUCUCAGCCUUGCUGAAAAUCAACAUCUUCUGGAGCCAUUUACUGAUGAAGACAUAAAGACAGCUUUAUUCCAAAUUCAUCCACUUAAAGCACUCGGUAAAGAUGGUCUUCCAUGUUUAUUUUUACAAAAAAACUGGGACGUUGUUGGAGAAGAAGUCACUCAAGCGUGCCUAGAGGUGUUAAAUGAAAAUGCUGACUGCCGAAGCUUCAAUGAGACUCUAAUCUGCUUAAUACCGAAGGUAAAAUAG